CACAUUUGCCUGGAACUGGAGAUCCCUCUGUUCAGCCUGUCCUGGUGGCACAGGUCUAUAAUCACAGCACUUAGGAAACUGAGGCAGGAGGAUUGUGAGUUCAAGGCCAACCUUGGGUACAUAGUGAAGACACUGUAAGCAACAAAAAAUCCAAACAACCAGCCAUGAAAAGAGAAGAAAAGAUCCUUUAUCACAACUUCUACAUGCCAAAGCCAGAAGAAAUUCAGCAGCAGAUUGUUCGAGAAACUUUCCAUCUGGUCCUCAAGCGAGAUGACAACAUCUGUAACUUCUUAGAAGGUGGAAGUCUCAUUGGUGGCGCUGACUACAAACUCAUUUACCGCCACUAUGCCACCCUCUACUUUGUAUUUUGUGUGGAUUCCUCAGAGAGUGAACUUGGGAUCUUGGACCUCAUCCAGGUGUUUGUGGAGACUCUGGAUAAGUGUUUUGAAAAUGUAUGUGAAUUGGAUUUGAUCUUCCAUAUGGAUAAGGUGCACUACAUCCUUCAGGAGGUGGUGAUGGGUGGGAUGGUGUUAGAAACAAACAUGAAUGAAAUUGUGGCUCAAAUUGAAGCUCAAAACAGACUGGAGAAGUCAGAGGGUGGUCUCUCAGCAGCCCCUGCGAGGGCUGUGUCUGCUGUGAAGAAUAUGAACCUUCCUGAGAUCCCGAGGAACAUCAACAUUGGCGACCUCAACAUCAAAGUUCCCAACUUGUCCCAGUUCGUGUGAAGGUGGAGGACCGGGCUGAGCUGGGGUCCUUAGGGUGAGCAAGGCAGUCAAGUUCAGAACUGGAACCCUGGUGAGCCUCUAGAGUCGCACUGAGCCUGCCUUUCACAGAGUGGGCAGGGAGCUGGGUGCACACUGCUCGGCCGUCCUGCUGCUCUCUGAUACACAUGGCUGUGGUAGACAUCGCGCACUACGCCACCGCCCCUUUGCCUCCCACACACAGCUGCCCUCAGGGUUGGGGACUGUGGAACAAGCGGCCUGCUUCCCAGGGCCCCACCACCGGGCCUGAACACAUCUGCCUUCCUCCCUAGCACCCAGGGCUUCUGAGCUCCUGUGUCACUCAGUGGGCAGGAGAGCAGAGAGAAGGACCAGCCUUCAGAUGCCGACUGUGUCGAGUGGCAGGGUGUACGCUGGCUCUGCUAGGGCCUGCACUCCUAGAGUCCCUUUGUGUAACCAAGCCUUUGGAUCAGCAGCUGCUCAGAGCACGUUUCCCCGCUGGCAUACUCCCAGUUUUGUUGCCACAGGCAUCUGUGUGCUGGACCCAAUUUAACACACACACACACGCACACACACAUAUACACACACACACGCACACACACACACACACACACACACACACACACACACACACACACACACACACACACACACACACACACACACACACCCCAAAGCCCUCUUCCAAAUGAGAUUGGUGUCUGUAGACUUUGAAGGCUGGAUUUUCCCAGAGUUAUGACUCUUCCCAAGUUUAAAAUACACUGUCCUUCUGGAAGCAGAAGGUUCAGUGGCUGUGUUAUGAAUGAUGAAUCAUUUCCCCUUGCUCAGAAACCCACUGACCAGUCUCAGAGUUUAGAGCUGAGAGCAUGAACCGGGUGCUGUGUGGGCUGAGCAAGCCGCAUGCUACCAUAGUGUUCUCCACUCCGCGUCCUGCAGUGAGCACACUGGGCUCCUUUGGACGACAUUCUCCCACAGCUUUGGAAACCUGUAAAUGUUAACGUGCUGAGUCUUCUUCUUAUGGCUAAUCUGAGCUAAAGCUGCUGCCAGGAGCAGGCCCUCUUCUCCAUGCCGUCAGCUGGGUGUCAGGCGUGGCGGAGAAGAACUGGUUCACCUCCCCUCCACGGCCUUGUGAUGUUGCUGAUGGUCCUAGGAGAACCCCGUGUCAGGACCCGGUCGGUGUUCCUCAUUUUCCAGCAGGACUUCUUGUCCCAUGCCCACGGCUGCCCACAGCGUCUUGUCCCCAUCUUUUCAGCCCUCUGCAAUAAUGGGCAGUUCGCCAGAGGACAAGAUCUGAGACCAAAUCCCUAAUGCCGUUUUAUUGUUUAUCUUAUUGCCCCUUUUACAAUGGCUGGAUAUGAAGUAGGAAUGAAGAAAACCAGUGUUUUUUUGCAUCUGCUGUAGGGUGACAUGAGCAAGAUCCUUUACCAAUCUUUGCCACAGACAUUGUAUUUUUUUAAGAUUUGUUUUGAAGGAUGGUUGUGGUGGCACACACCUUUAAUCCCAGCACUUGGGAGGCAGAGGCAGGCGGAUUUCUGAGUUUGAGGCCAGCCUGAUCUAUGAAGCAAGUUCCAGGACAGCUGUUACACAGAGGAUCCCUGCCUUGAAAAACAACAACAACAAGAAGAUUUUAUUUGUGUUGUUCUUUUGUGUAUGUGGGUAUGCUCUGAGGCCAGAGGCGGGUUGUGUGCCCUGUGAGGCCAAAAGAAGGUGUAGAAUUCCCUGGAGCUGCAGUUACAGAGGUUGAGAAGCCACCCGAAACAUGGGUGCUGGGAAUGUAACUCAGGUCCCCGCAAGAGCAUCAGUGCUCUCAGCUGGAGCCAUCCCCCCGGCCCAGCCACAGACACUCAGAAGCACGUUUUGUUGCCAAAUAAAGCAGACUUGGGGCAGGUAAAUUGCUUCUAGUUCAUGCAGAGCUAAAGUCUAAAACAUGCCUGCCUGCCUGGCUCCAAAGACCUUGUUUGUCCUUACUACUGAAGAUAGCUCCUCCCAGUUUCACAACCCCCUCUUUUAUAGAUGACAGACAGGGAAACUGAGUCUCAAAGGGAUUAAGCCACUCUCAAAAACUAAUAGAAGAGGCCUUAUUUUUAAGGUAGCCAGCCCAAGAGCUGGAUGUCCUCUGUGUCCCUCUGUUAACUGCCUGAGAUGAGGCCACCCAGACUGUGUCCAGUUAAGGGUUGUAGCAUUCUGAAGGAUGCUUGCUGUUGGCUGAAGGCACCAUUAAGUCGGAAGUAUUGGGCUUCCAAGGUAGUUUGGAUUUGAGGUGUUUGCCAGCUAGAAACUACUUUGUUUUUCAAAACUAUGACCUGGCCCUGUAGACUGCAAAAGCAAGAACCAGACAAUGGCUUGUACCACCCCUUUAUAGUGUUGCUUUGGGCUUGGAAAACUCAAUUCCUCCAGUUGAGCUGGGGGGAUUAAUUAAUUAAUUGUUAAUGACUUAAAGCUAGUUUGUCUGCGGCCAGCAAAGCUAUAGUCUGAGAUCCAGCUCUACCUACUUCUCCCCUUUGGGUUUUGGAUCCUCAAUUCUCCUUCCUCACCUCCAAAAUUGCUAUGUGCACUUUCCUGUGAGUAGUUAGAGGAAGUCCUUGAUCUUUUUGAAGAGGAGUGUCCCCUUUCGGUUAUGCAACCAGGGGCUGAGUUUGUGUUUGCUUUGGGAUCCUGAACUUGGAGAAUUUGCACUGAGGCUUCCUGGGUUUUCUCACUGCCACUAGUUCAAAACCGGAACCCUCCCACUACCCAUUGUCUGUGUAAGUGCCUGAUGGGGGUCAAGCUUGGUCCUGAGCUGAGAGACGCUCUCUGUGUGUCACUGUCUUGGAGCUUCCCUGAUAGUGCUCACAUGGUUGGAACAUGACAAUCUGGCUGCACAGAUCACCUUCCCCAAGCCUGCCCACAGCCCCAUAUGUGUUACCCUGAGGAUAUCCUGAGUCUCUCAACCCCUGGGUAUUCAUGCUCUGCCACAUACAGAGACAGCUCUCCCUCCCUCUCCACUACAGAGCUUGUCUAGCCAUUUUCUCUGUGACUUCAGCUUCAGAAAAGAAACUAGGAGAAAUGGCUCAACCUGUGGCCUAGCCUGUAAAGGGUUUGCUUAGCGUGGCUGUCUAUCAUCUGUCCACGUCUUUUCAAAGAGCACCCGGGGAUAGGUCCAUGAAAGUAAAGCUACAGAGUAGGGUCUCGCCCACCUUUGCAGCAGUCAGGAUGGAGUACUGAGACCCACCCAGAAGAGUGUGGGCUCUCUGCAGACAUCCUGGAUGUCCACUGCUCUCAGUGUGCUGACCACCCAGAGUGAGCCAGCUCGAUGUGGGAGCGGUUAGACUAAUCCCCACCUAGGCCCGAACCUUCAGGUCAAAGUGUCUGCCUUCUUGGAGGCUCUGGAGUGCUCUUCACCCACACCUUCUGGCAGAAGUGGCUGUUGAGGAAACAGCUUGUUGCAAAUGACUAAUCCUUUCCAGAGUUCUUUCCAAAUUGGAAAUAUAUUCAUGUAGUUCGGUAUUUUUAUAUGGGGAGGGGAGGUACCCUCAGAGACCAGGAGGCAUUGGAUCUCUUGGAGCUGGAGUUAAUUGGUUAUAAAUGCCUGACAUGAGGGUGCUGGGAACCAAACUUAGAAGAGCAGCAAGAGCUCUUAACUGCUGAGCCAUCUCUCAGGCCCCAUGCAGUUCACAUUAAAAACAAACAAACAAACAAACAAACCAAAGUUCAGCAAAAGACUUAGCCUAUGUCCAGCCGCUGAGCACUGUCCCUCCUGACAGCAAGUGUUUGCAACUUAAAGGAGUAAGAAACAAACGUCCUUUCUCUCCACUUUCAAAGCUGAGGACAUAGCUUCAGCUGACCUCAGCCCAGUGCAGUCCUGCUAUCCUCCAGAAGUGCUGCACCCCCUGCACGUGCACACACAGUCUUACACACACACACACACACACACACACACACACACACACACACACACACACACACCCUGUGAAAUAGCAGCUCCUAGGCUUUCUCAGCCUCACCAUUCCUUAAGGCACUGGGAUACCAUGUUGUCUGUUUCCUCCUAGGAUGUAAGCCCUCAAGGGCUGGGGGUCAGCCUCCUACCCAGUGCUGUACCUCCCCCUCCCCCACCCGCUGCUCUCCCCGGUGUCUCAUUCAUACUGCUCAAUAAAAAUGGUAGAUGAGUGGGCA